AUGCCCUGCAUCUUGCCUGCAUGCUUAAAUUGGUGUUGUCAGGGUUGUGACUGAGCCGAACUGUACAACAAUUAUGUAGGCUAGGCCUACCCCCCUAUCCUAUAUAUUUGCUAGGUCCGGAAAACACAUUUUCUUAAAAUGGAUUUGUUUUCAGAUCUUCCAGAUCCAGAUGGAGAUCAAAAUAAUGCCAGAAUUGCUGUCCCAGUGACUGAGAAAAGUCAGGUGACAUCCACUAAUGAUCAAGUGGUACCGUCAUCAUUGGACUCCACACCAGAUGUUGCCACCGAAGAAAGGAAACGAAAACUAGUAACAGAGUCUACAUCCAAUGAGGAUGUUUCAACAGAGAAAAAAUCUCUGAUAUUGAAACCAGGAAUGUACAAGUUAAAAGGUCAUAUAAAAGAAAUGAAAGGUGAACGUGACGAAAUGCAAGAUGCACAUGUCAUAAUAGAUGACAUGACCUCUGAACUUGACAACCUUCCUUCCUCAGUGUCACGAUUAGCAUACUAUGCAGUGUUCGAUGGGCAUGGGGGCGCCAGAGCAUCAAAGUUUGCUGCAAACAAGCUCCACACCCACAUUAUUCAGAAAUUCCCGAAAACUGAUGUCGUCAGUUUAGACAAAGAGGUAAAGCGUUGCCUCAUCGAUUCUUUCAAACUCACGGAUGAACAGUUCCUCAAAGAAGCUUCGGCAAACAAACCAAAUUGGAAAGAUGGAUCUACAGCUAUCUGUGUACUUGUGGUGAACAACGCUCUCUACAUUGCCAACAUAGGUGAUAGUAAGGCCUUAUUAUGUCGAUUUAAUGAGGAGUCUAAGAACGAUCACUUUCUGCCGUUAUCUAAAGACCACAACCCCACAGAUUAUGAAGAACGGAUGAGGAUUCAGAAGGCUGGAGGGACUGUAAGAAAUGGGCGUGUGAUGGGAAUAUUGGAAGUGUCUCGAUCGUUGGGGGAUGGGCGGUUCAAGCAUUGCGGAAUCACUUGUAUCCCAGAUGUUAAAAAAUGCCAACUUACAGAGAAAGACAGGUUUUUAAUACUAGCUUGUGAUGGAUUAUGGAAAGGAUUCACCAUAGAGGGCGCCCUUGAAUUUAUUAACAAUAAAAUCAAGGCCGAUGAAGCUGGUGACAAACCAGAUGAAGAUGUUGAUUCAAAGCUUGAAAUGGCGUGCAGUCGGUUGGCCGCCGAGGCCAUUAGGCGCGGCAGCUCUGACAAUGUAACGGUGAUGCUUGUUAGCAUUACCCAUAUAUAAUAUUUCUCUUAGUUGUCACUAUUUAAGCGAGCUGAUGAAAUAUCUUCUAAUGAUGUUAAUUUUUUGAUUUUAAAUUUAGUCAUUCUAAGAGUAGGUUGAUAAAUAGCCAAAUUUUUAUGUUCGUCAAAUAAUGGCAGAAGGCAAAGUCUCUGUUUCUGGUUGUAGUAUACAAAUACAACGUUGUUCGAGGUGAAGUAAUGAAUUCUAUUUCCUGCAGUGUUGAGCUUUACUGAAAUAUAACCCAUGUUGCAUUUGUUUUACUAUACCUCAUAAAUAUUAAACAGAAAACCGUACAUCUAACAUUACCCAUUUCAAGCUGUGAGUGCAAAAUUACACAGUUUGCAUAUGGUUCAGGUAGAUGGGGGGUGUAGUACUUGAUUUUUGGUGGUAUCUGCCCCCACCCCCCAAACACAUAUAUAUAGGGUACUCACAGGCAUGUAGCUAAAACUACCACACUCGUUACCAGGCAGAAUUAACCAAUAAAAUGUUGUUAUUACCUAAUUAAUAUAUAUAUAUGAGGUAUAGUAAUGUACAAUACAUAAUAUGAAAUUUAGCAGAUGGUACAUGCUAUAAUCUUUUGUAUUAGUCUUUGCAAUAAAUGGACUAAUAUAAAUGUAAAUCAUAUUAUAUAAUUUUAAUUAUAUGUUAUAUAAUUUUUUAUAAUUACAUAACAUGAAUCAUACUUAAAAGAUUAUGAAUUUAUUUGUAAGGAAAAUUCUUAAACCUUUACAUCUUAAAUUACAAUUGGCAAAAAUUGUGUGAGGUUAACUAUGUGCACUUAUAUUUAUUAAUAAAGAGAAUAAUAAUUUGGUAUGGUACCAUAUUUUUAUAUUUUACUGCAUUCAGUGCAGGCCUGUAUCCAGGAGGGUGCAGUGGGUAUAAUGGAAAAGGUCUACAUUUUUAAAGAAAAUUGAGAAUGUUCUGAAAAUAGAAUUUAUUUUCUGGUAUAUGAAGCCCUAAUGCAUAUACUUUUUUUAGAUUACAAGGAUGAAAUUGAUUAAAGGCUUACGGACCAUAUAAUAUCUUAGUUUCGAUCCUUCUAGCUCUUUCCCCUUGACCUAGCCAGGGAUUCUUGGUGACCUUCCUUCCAUAUUCAUUCUAUUCUUCUACUAGGAAGCUUUCGAUUGCACAACGACGGUAGGACGUAGAACGUAAUGACGUCACUAAAAGUCAUCCGCGCAUACGAGAACGUUAAGGUCACCUCGUCGAGUAGAUUCUCGAACGCAAUUUCACCAAAUCUACGUAUGCAGAGAACGUAGGAUGAGUGAUUCCGUUCUAGUGUCGCGUCGUCGCACAAAUCGAAAGCUCGAAAUUGCCUUGCUUUGCACUGGUGAGAUGCUUAACUCUACGUUAAUACAAAAUGCAUACUUUGGUAGUUGCCAUAAAAGAAUAUUCCAUCAGUGAGUAGGCCUACUGGGUCGAUAUAAUGUGAUGUUCAUUACUGUUUCUUUCAAACUUAAUUUAAAAGGACAUUUUUAAAAAUAUAUAAGCUUAUAGAUAAUUAAAUUGUGGUUUUCUUCAUAAUUGAUGGUAUGAAGUGAAAUUAUUGUUAAGAAGGUAAUUUAUUAAAAACCAAGACAGACUGUA